AUACCGGUUGUUCCAGUCUGUCGCAGGAACGAACGGGAACCAGUCUAUUUCCAAUGUAAACACGGAUGCGCGUGAUGUUACGUUUUGUCGUCUGCUAACAUAUCCGCGAUGGCUGAAAGCAAACGGAGGCCGAAUUGGACUGAAGAAGAGCGAAUUUUACUAAUUGACAAUGUGAACAAAAUUCAACAUCGACUGUUUGGAAAAUUUAAAGGAUGCGGCACACAGAAGGGAGGAAAAAUCAAAGAACAAGCCUGGGAGGAGGUGGUGAAUACCCUAAACGCGUGUCCUGCAUGUGAAUCCUUAGUAAGAUGGAAGCUCCCGCCCAUCAAGUUUCUCGUCACUACAAUUGCUUGUACCACAGCGGUAAGACAUAUCCGGCGUCGUAUGGAACCCCAGGCAGUAUUUCAGAUCUUUGUCCCUGACGACAACAAAGAUGACAGAUACUGGUGUCGGAGGAAGAAGAACAAGGAGACAAGGAGAUCUUUGUCCCUGACGACAACAAAGAUGACAGAUACUGGUGUCGGAGGAAGAAGAACAAGGAGACAAGGAGAAUAUGACAAGGACCAGAAAACAGGAAAAAAGGUGUCAGCCUUUUUUGGACCCGACUUGUGGGACGAGACGUACGACAAUACUGACAUCAGCUUGGAAUACAUGGAUCUGGAAGAAUUCUUGAAAGAGAAUGGCAUCCCAAACAAUCCAGACAAUACGAACGCUGCCAAUCUGAACAAGUUUCAGUCUCCAAACAGACAGAUGAUCAGUAGUGGUCACAACCUCCAGGCCUGUGACAUGCCACAAGACACGUUAGCCAGGAACAGCCAACAAGCCAUCAACUCAGCUCCAGACACGUUACCCAGUAACAGCCAACAAGCCAUUAGUUCAGCUCCAGACACGUUUCCCAGUAACAGCCAACAAGCCAUUAGUUCAGCUCCAGACACGUUUCCCAAUGACAGUCCGCAAACCACUCCAUCACCACAAAAUAUGUUUCCCAAUGACAUUCCACAAGUCACUCCAUCGCCACAAAAUACGUUUCCCAAUGACGUUCCACAAACCACUCCAUCGCCACAAAAUAUGUUUCCCAAUGACAGUCGACAAACCACUCCAUCGCCACAAAAUAUGUUUCCCAAUGACAGUCGACAAACCACUCCAUCGCCACAAAAUAUGUUUCCCAAUGACAUUCCACAAACCACUCCAUGGCCACAAAAUAUGUUUCCCAAUGACAUUCCACAAACCACUCCAUCGCCACAAAAUAUGUUUCCAAAUGACAUUCCACAAGCCACUCCAUUGCCACCAAAUACGUUUCCCAAUGACAUUCCACAAACCACUCCAUCGCCACCAAAUAUGUUUCCCAAUGACAUUCCACAAACCACUCCAUCGCCACCACAUAUGUUUCCCAAUUAUAUACCACAAACCACUCCAUCGCCACCAAAUAUUUUUCCAAAUGACAUUCCACAAACCACUCCAUCGCCACCAAAUAUGUUUCCCAAUGACAUUCCACAAACCACUCCAUCGCCACAAAAUAUGUUUCUCAAUGACAUUCCACAAACCACUCCAUCGCCACCAAAUAUGUUUCCCAAUGACAUUCCACAAACCACUCCAUCGCCACAAAAUAUGUUUCUCAAUGACAUUCCACAAACCACUCCAUCACCACAAAAUAUGUUUCCCAAUGACAGCACGCAAGCCACCUCCUUGUCUCCAACCACGUGUCCCAGGCAACUGCCAUCUCACCAGUCACAGCUCGCCGUCUCGCAAUAUGACACGAUGCCAUCACCACCAACAUCAGCUCUAACAGAAAGAAAGCUUGGUGAAUCCAAGGCUACUGAGUCGUCGUACACGGACUGGCCCGAGCCUAAAGUAGACUUUGACCUUUCACCUCCUGAUUUGGCUUUGGUGAGCAUACCAGGCUUAAAAGACUUCGAUCCUCGAAAGCGAACAUUUUCAGAAGAGUUGAAACCUCAGCCGAUGUUUAAGAAAUCAAGAAAGAUCUUUGUCCCUGACGACAACAAAGAUGACAGAUACUGGUGUCGGAGGAAGAAGAACAACGUCGCAGCUAAACGAUCCCGGGACGCCAGACGCAUCAAGGAGAACCAGAUAGCCAUGAGAGCUGCAUUCUUGGAGAAGGAAAACUCAGUUCUUCGCACUGAACUUGAACAAAUAAAGAGAGAAAACGCGGAUAUAUUGAUCUCAUUGACCGAGUUUGAGACAAUGGAACCAUGAUGGACACGUCUUCCAUUUUCUAUAAGAUGUUAGUUUGUAUAUAGUUGGACCUGUACGCUAAAAUGAAUUCGUCUGUGAUGAAGACAAACACCCUAUGCCGUCGUGGAGCGGUAACACGCAAUCAAGACACCGAUCAUGGUGCCCGAUCCAUUUGAUCGCCAAUUACGUUGGUUGGUUCGUUUGUUGUUUAACGCCACACUCCAGCUGUAUGACGGCGGUCUAUAAAUAAUCGAGUCUGGACCAGUCAAUUUAGUGAUUGACAUCAUGAACAUCGAUCCCUGCAAUUGGGAUCGAUCACAUUCAUCAGCCAAGUCAGAGAGCCUGACCACCCGAUCCCGUUAGUCGCCUUUACGACAAGCAUAGUCGCCUUUUACGUUCCUGAGGACCUAUUCUAACCCUGGUCUUCACGGGUCCGUUAAUUACGACAAUGCAUGGAAGUUGGCUUCCAUAUUUUACUUCAUGCUGGUAUUGUCUUGUAAAACAGGAAUAUCCCCAGGUGAAGAUGAUAGAUUUAUAACAUGUUUAUACCGUUAAAUAGACCGAAAUGCCAUUCUGUAGAAAAGAUAUCUGCAGUAUUUGGUACAGAGACUAUAUGAAUUUACUGUUAUAGUGUUGUCAAAUAAACAUAUUAUUUUUUA